AAAAAAAAAAACGCACCUUUCUCCUAAAGAACAACAGAACAAAACUUUUCAGUGAGCUGAAGCAGAGGCCCCCAUUACAUUCUCUUCUCUUCUCUGCUGUCUCUGCAUUGUUUUUCCCUGUUAACAGAAGCCUCUGUCGACAUACGAAUACGGCUGGAUGGACAUAAAUGGGCGGUCCAUCUGACUCAUAGAAAGCAAUACAUUAAUAGUAGAGUUUGCCAAUGCUUCGAGAAGAAGGGUUUUGACUCGGAGAAAGAAAGUAAUCUGAACAUGGGGAAAGAAGGAGAAUUAUGGGAUGAUUCAGCUCUUAUCAAGGCUUUCGAUGAUGCCGUAUGCCAGUACAAGAAAAUGCAUGGAAAGAAAAGCAAAGAUACUUCCAUUGAUGCCUCUGCCAUUACCAAUCAAACUCAAGCUCAUGAGACAAGAGAUGCAGAUGAGAAGACCAAUGUUGCUAGCGAAUUAGGAGUUGAUGAAAAUCAUUGUGUAGAUUAUUCAUCAAGUAGCCAACAACAGGUUCAAGCAGUCACUGAGUCUGACUAUAACCAGUUACUUGCUGAGUACUAUGAUGUGGAGGAGAAGAGACAAAGGAUUCUCCAGCAACUUGGUUCUUAUGACUACCAACACUCUCAACAUAUGUCAAGCGUUGCGUGUUCAUGUUGUUGCCCCUAUGUUUCUCAUUGCUCCUUGGGUGGAACAUGUCCUUAUUAUUCCUCUGCUGUUGAGGGUCCCACAAAGCAUGCCCCUCCCAAUCUCAUAGAUGUCGACAUUGUCCAAACAGCAAUGGGAGCUGCAGAAAGAGCAAUAUCCUCUAUAAACACACUAGAGAAAGAGAAGGAAAAAGGGAAAGGCAGUGAGGAAAAAGUAGCACAAAGCACCAACUCUGAAACUGAUCUCAGUGUUGUUUUAAAUGCAUGGUACUCUGCUGGCUUCUACACUGGCAAGUAUCUGACAGAGCAAUCUAUUAUGAAGAAAUGAUAUUGGUAUAGGCGAUUUGUUGCACUUUAGAGAAGCUGCAUGUUGGGAUUUUCACUGCAGGACCAAGUUUUGGCAAUUCAUUCAAAAUUACACUUUGGAGAAGCUGCAUGUGAGGUUUUUAACUUUGUAUGCAAGCAAAUGCUUUGUUAAACUUUGUUAAACUUGGCAAUCAUAGAGUCUGUGUUCGCCAAAAUUAGCUAUUUUAUCUCUUGUUUGAAAUAAAUGAAUUACAUAAAAUUUUGUGGAAUUAAUUUAGAAAUCCAUAUUUUUGUGUUUGGAAUGAAAAAAAAUGUAAAUUUCAAUUCUAUAGAAUUGAACAUAAUUACACUAAA